CUCAUUCCCCUUAGAACAAACGAAAUCCUUCAACAAACUAAGCAUAUAAAAUAUCCAUAUGGCAUCAAUGGCCACCACACUAGCUUCAUCCCUCUCCUCUAACCCAAAAUCUCCCUUCCUAGAUCACAAAUCCUCCUUCAACGGGACACCCGUCCCUCCCCGGGUCGCCACGAUUAGAUCCUCCCGGCAGAGCGACAACACCAUUUCCGCAUCCCUCAAUGGUAAUUCUUCGUACGACCUUAAGUCCUUCAAAUUCGAGCCCAUCAAGGAAUCCGUCGUGUCUCGGGAGAUGACCCGCCGGUACAUGAUGGACAUGAUAACCUACGCAGACACAGAUGUCAUCGUGGUUGGUGCCGGGUCUGCGGGGCUUUCUUGUGCCUAUGAGCUUAGCAAGAACCCGUCGGUCCGAGUGGCCAUCGUGGAGCAGUCUGUCAGCCCCGGUGGGGGUGCAUGGCUUGGUGGGCAGCUCUUCUCGGCCAUGGUCGUGAGGAAACCUGCCCACAGGUUCCUCGAUGAGCUUGGGAUCGAGUACGAUGAGCAGGACAGCUAUGUUGUCAUCAAACACGCCGCCUUGUUCACAUCAACAAUCAUGAGCAAGCUCUUGGCCAGGCCUAAUGUGAAGCUGUUCAACGCGGUCGCAGCAGAGGACCUAAUUGUGAAGGGAAACCGAGUAGCCGGAGUGGUCACAAACUGGGCAUUAGUCUCCAUGAACCACGACACACAGUCCUGCAUGGACCCGAAUGUGAUGGAGGCGAAGGUGGUGGUGAGUUCGUGCGGCCACGACGGGCCGUUCGGGGCCACCGGGGUGAAACGUCUCAAGAGCAUCGGGAUGAUCGACAGCGUGCCCGGGAUGAAGGCCCUUGACAUGAAUACCGCCGAGGACGCCAUCGUCAGGCUCACUCGUGAGAUCGUGCCAGGCAUGAUAGUCACCGGGAUGGAGGUCGCUGAGAUUGACGGAGCUCCCAGGAUGGGCCCGACGUUUGGGGCAAUGAUGAUAUCGGGACAGAAGGCGGCGCACUUGGCCUUGAAGGCGUUGGGGCAGCCCAAUGCGAUUGACGGCACAUUCACUGAGGUUGGAGGCCUCCAACCGGAGCUUAUCCUUGCUUCAUCUGAGACAGGGGAGAUUGUUAAUGCUUAAUCGAGAUCAAAAACUGCGAUGAGUCUUUUCUUAUUUUCUUCAUUUUCCUUUGGUAUGAUUAGGCAUUGCUAAAAUAAUAUAAAAAUUAUAGAAGUUACCAUGCAUUGAAGUACUUAAUCGUAUUGGUAUGUAUUAGCGAGUAACCGAUGGACGAGAUUUUCCAUCGUGAGUGAUGAUUUUCUCUUGUACCAUAGUUCCAAUUAUUUAUCGGUUCAUUUACCUAAAGUUACAAAAAUCUAA